CACCAUGCCAGAAGCAGAAAGGCAGAGCAGGAACAGGAAGUAUAAGAGGCGGGCCCUGCAGCUCAAUUGAGCAGGAGCUGCCAGGGAAGGCAGAUGCUUCCAGCCUACUGCUGGAGGCAGAACCUGUGGAAGACUUCUGCUGCCCCGAGGAUACCUCCCAGGGACCAGGAUUGCCAGACAUGCCUGACGCUGAGAAGCUGCUGGGAUUGCCACUGGCAGUAUACCCCGAGGAAACGGAGGAUGACCCUGGGGUUCAGCCUGUUCUUCUGCAGCAUGGCUUAGUUUUAGAGGGAACCACCUGGGUUGCGAAUAUGGCCAACAGCAGCCUGGGCUUCAUACUAGCAGAUGCUGGCUAUGAUGUUUGGAUUGGAAAUAACAGAGUGAACUACUGGGCAAGAAAACACUACAACCUUAGCGCGGACCAGGAGGAAUUUUCAGAUAACAGUUUUCACGAAAUGGCCACACAUGACCUUCCUGCCAUAAUAAACUUUAUUCUGCAGAAAACUGGGCAAGAGAAACUGUAUUACGUUGGCUAUUCUCAGGGUACCAUCUUGGGUACGACAUUUAAAACAGGAGAAUUCAGAUAUUUUGAUUAUGGCAGUGAGGAGAAUGAAGUUAAAUCCAACCAGACUGAAGCCCCCUUGUAUAGGUUAGAAGAUAUGAAAGUUCCAACUGCAUUGUGGUAUGGUGGAGAGGACUGGCUUGAGGACCUGGAGGAUAUAAAAAUAUUACUCCCACAAAUCACAAAUCUACAGUAUGAAAAGUAUAUUCCUGAUUGGGCCCAUUUUGAUUUCAUUUGGGGUCUUGAAGCUUCUGAGCGAGUAUACAGUGAAAUCAUUGAUCUGAUGAAGAAACAUCCAGAGAAUUGCAUAUUAGUUUGUUAGAAUUAAGCAGGAUUUAGAAGGAUUCCUAUGAAAUAAGCUUUGUUUCUGAACUAAUUGUAGGGUUAACAAAGGUGUUUGCUAUGAUUCCUUGGAUUUGCACUACUUGUCAUUACCAUAUUGUCUAUCCUGCUGGAAAUUCGGGGACCUCCUCAAGGAUCUGAAUUUAAUUUCUUAGAGGAGAGAGAUGUUUAUGGCUUCAAAUUUAUCCCAUGCCUAGAAAUGUGUUGAACAAUGAAAAUGAAAAUCCUAAAAAUUUUAAUAUUUCAAUGUGAAAGUGGAAAUUUCACUCUUUGUGUGACAGUUGUGAAAAUUCACACUAAAUAAUAUAGCAGGAUUCAUUUUUCUCACGUAAGUGACUGAUUCAAAUAACAUUAGCCUCAGCCAUACAAAAUUUCAUGUGUUUGUUUGAAUGUUUUCAACAAGGAAAGGUAAUUUCAUAAAGUGAUAUUCGGGGGGCACAAAACCAACAAAAACUGCUAAGGUUUUGGUGAAAAAAAUCAUGAUUGUUUCAGGACACAAUUUGAGGCAUAAUUGUUUCUCUUAGCUUUGAGGGAUUGGGAAGAUUUUGGUGGGAGAUGAUAAUGCUCAUAAAUGUUUUUGGCUGCAAGGUUAUGUAUGUAUGCUUAUUGCUAAAAGGAGAGUCCCGGAGUUGUUUGUAACUGUAUUUUUUAAAUGUGUCAAGGAGAAUCCAGAGAAAAGGAUGGAAGUGUAUAAAAUGAGUGUAUAAAUAAAAAUAAAUCAAAU